AAUUGAUUCCCUAUUGUCUAAAUCGUGAAAUUUUUUUUUAUAAAAGAGCUUCGUCUUUUGAUCUGUUUCUCUUUCUUCUUUACAAUCUUUUUUUCAGUUUUUUUUUCCUAACUUUCUUUAACAUGGAAGAGAAACCGUAUACCGAAUAUACGGAAGAAAAGACGUAUGUACAACAUACAUACAGUACAGAAACGUCACUUCCAAAUCAGAUCAACAACUAUCCACCUUCAGAAAGUACGAUCGCCAGCGCUCACAACAAUAAUUAUGGUUACCAAGAUACCUAUGGUGAAUCGGAAGCAAAUCAAGUUUCAGUCGAAGGUGCGAAGUCAGAAUACGAGGAAAUCCGUCGAGAAUUGAGUCGUAGAAGUCAACGUACAUCCCAUUCAAAAGCUGAAGAAGGCCAAGCUGAUUCUGACGACUUCAACCUUGACGAAUUUUUACAUGGUAUCUCCAGACAACAAGACGAAGGAGGACACAAGCGUAAACACAUUGGUGUUUCCUGGAAAAAUUUGCGUGUUGAGGGUUUAGGUGCUGAUGCUUAUACAAUCCCAACUGUUAUUAGUAAUGCAGUAUCACUAUUGAAAUUCUGGAAAUUUUUCCAAAAAAGAAACACUAGUACAAAAAUCAUUAUCGACAAUCUUACUGGUUGCUGUAAAGACGGUGAAAUGCUUCUGGUUCUCGGUCGUCCUGGUGCCGGUUGUACAUCGUUUCUCAAAGUGAUCUCCAACAUGCGAGAUUCUUAUACCCAUAUUGGCGGCGAUGUCAGCUACGGAGGUAUCGACCCUAAAACCUUUUCCGAAAGAUACAGAGGCCAAGUUUGUUACAACGAAGAAGAAGAUCAACAUUACCCUACCCUCACCACAAAACAAACACUUCAAUUUGCUUUACGAACAAAGACUCCCGGUAAACGCAUUGAUGAAUCCAAAGAAGAAUUUGUCAACCGUAUUUUGUACAUGCUCGGUAACAUGUUGGGUUUGACUAAGCAAAUGAACACCCUUGUCGGUAACGCCUUUGUCCGAGGUCUCUCUGGUGGCGAACGUAAACGUCUUUCUAUCGCCGAACAAAUGACAACCAACAGUGCUGUAAAUUGUUGGGAUUGCUCUACACGUGGUCUUGAUGCUGCUUCUGCUUUAGAUUAUGUUCGUUCAUUAAGAAUCAUGACCGAUAUUUUUGAGAUCACAACUAUUGCCACACUUUAUCAAGCUUCCAAUAGUAUUUUUAACUUGUUUGACAAGAUUCUUCUUUUAGAUGAGGGUCAUUGUAUUUAUUUUGGUCCUGCUAGUGGCGCUAAAUCUUAUUUUGAAAACCUCGGUUUCCACUGCCCCGCCCGUAAAUCUACCCCUGAUUUCUUAACUGGUCUCUGUAACCCUAUUGAGCGUGAAUAUAAACCCGGAUUUGAAGAUCGUGUUCCCAAGCAUGCUUCUGAAUUCCAACAAAGAUACAUGGAAUCUGAAGUUUGUAAAAUGAUGCUCCAAGAUCUCGCCGAUUAUGAACAUGCCAUUCAACAAGAAAACAAGGCUGACGAAUUCGAAGACGCUGUUCGCGAAGAACAUCAAAAGCGUGCUGGUAAAAGCGCACCUUACAUUGCCUCUUUCUUCCAACAAAUCAAGGCUCUUACUAUCCGUGAACAUCAACUUUUAAUCAAAGACAGAGAAGCUCUUAUCUCUCGUUACGGUACUAUGCUCAUUCAAGGUUUGAUUACUGCCUCUUGUUUCCUUUUGCUUCCUUUAAACGGUCAAGGUGCCUUCUCUCGUGGUGGUGCUCUUUUCUUCUCUGCCAUGUUUAACGUCUUUAUUGCUCAAUCUGAACUUGUUCGUUUCUUGAUGGGCCGUCCUAUCCUUGAGAAACAUAAGCAAUAUGCUCUUUACCGUCCAUCUGCUUACUAUAUCGCUCAGGUAAUCAUGGAUGUUCCUUACUGUUUCGCUCAAGUCAUGUUAUACCAAAUUUGUUCCUACUUUAUGAUGGGUCUCAAUUUAACUGCCGGCAAGUUCUUUACUUCAUUCCUCACACUCUUCUUUUUGACAAUGUGUAUGACUGGUUUCUUCAGAUUCUUUGGUUCAAUUACAUCCAGUUUCUUCUUAGCUACCCAAAUUACCGGUGUCUUGUUGAUUGCUACCACUACAUAUACAGGUUAUACUAUUCCUUUCCAAAAGAUGUACCCUUGGUUAUCUUGGAUUUACUACAUUAACCCUAUCACCUAUGCUUAUAAGGCCUUGAUUUCCAACGAAAUGUCUGGUCAAGUUUACUCCUGCGAAGGUCUUGGUAACGCUGUUCCUUACGGUCCUGACUAUCAAAAUUGGGACUACAAGGUGUGUACUAUGAAGGGUGGAAGUCCUGGUGAACCCUUUGUGCGUGGUGAUGAUUAUCUUCGUGCCGCCUUCUCCUACAAUCCUGAGGAGUUAUGGGCUCCUGAUAUCGUUGUUGUGAUUGCCUUCUUCAUUUUCUUUACUGUCUUGACUGCACUGUCUAUGGAGUUCAUUAAAUUACGCAAGAAUUCUACUCUUACCAAGUUGUAUCUUCCUGGUAAAGCCCCCAAAGUCCGUACAAUUGAAGAAGAAGACGAACGUCGUCGCAAGCAAGAUAAAAUUACCGACAAUAUGGAAAGCAUGUCUACUGGUACUACCUUCUCUUGGCAACAUGUUAAUUACACCGUUCCUGUCAAGGGUGGCAGUCUCCAACUUUUGAACGAUAUUAACGGUAUUGUAAAGCCCGGUCAUUUAACUGCUUUGAUGGGUUCUUCUGGUGCUGGUAAAACCACACUUUUGGAUGUUCUUGCCCGUAGAAAGACACUCGGUACUGUUGAAGGUGAUGUCUUUUUGAACGGUGAAGCCUUGAUGACUGAUUUUGAACGUAUUACUGGUUACUGUGAACAAAUGGAUGUGCAUCAACCUGCUGUUACAGUCCGUGAAGCUCUUCGAUUCUCUGCUCAAUUACGUCAACCUGCUGAAGUUUCCCUCCAAGAAAAGAACGAUUAUGUUGAACAAAUCAUUCAACUUUUGGAGAUGGAUGAUAUCGGAGAUGCUCAAAUUGGUGAAGUCGAAAGAGGCUACGGUAUUUCUAUUGAAGAACGUAAGCGUUUGACUAUUGGUAUGGAGCUUGUUGGUAAGCCUCAACUCUUGUUCUUGGAUGAGCCCACUUCUGGUCUUGACGCACAAAGUUCUUUCAACAUUAUUCGUUUUAUUCGUAAACUUGCUGAUGCUGGAUGGCCAGUACUCUGUACUAUUCAUCAACCUUCUGCUAUCUUGUUUGAAUACUUUGAUCAUCUCUUGUUGCUUGUUCGUGGUGGUAGAACCGCUUACUAUGGUGAAAUUGGUCAAGAUUCUCGUACCAUGAUUGAUUACUUUGAAUCCAAUGGUGGACCCAAAUGUUCUCCUGACGCUAACCCUGCUGAAUAUAUUCUUGAAGUCGUAGGCGCUGGUACUGCUGGUAAAGCUAGUAAGGACUGGGCCGAAGUCUGGCAAGGAUCUAAUGAAUCCAAGUCUCUUGAUGCUGAAUUAGAAGAAAUCAAUAGAACUGCCGUCAAGAAUCCUACCCGUAUCGCUAAUACUUACUCCACUUCUAUGGGUACACAAUUCCGUCUUGUCUAUAGCCGUAUGUCUCUUGCUUACUGGCGUUCACCCGAAUAUAACAUUGGUCGUUUCCUCAACUUGAUGUUUACUUCUUUGAUUACUGGUUUCACUUUCUGGAAGUUGGGACAUUCUUCUUCGGAUAUGAUGAACAAGAUUUUCGCUUUGUUUGGUACCUUUAUUAUGUCCUUCACCAUGAUUAUUUUGGCUCAACCCAAGUUCAUGACGGAACGUAUGUAUUUCAGACGUGAAUACGCUUCCAGCUAUUACGGAUGGCUUCCUUGGGGUAUCUCUGCUAUCCUGGUCGAGAUUCCUUAUAUUAUUUUCUUUGCUGCUACCUACAUGGUUGGUUUCUACUGGACUGCUGGUAUGAGUAACACCUCUGCUGCUUGUGGCUACUUUUAUAUUACAUUUGUUGUACUUGUUUGUUGGGCAGUUACUUUGGGUUUCGUUAUUGCUGCUGUUGCGGAAUUACCUACCAUGGCUGCCUUGAUCAAUCCCUUGUUUAUCUCUCUCCUCAUUCUUUUCUGUGGUUUAAUGCAAUCUGCCAAGGCUAUGCCUAGAUUUUGGAGCGCUUGGAUGUACUGGCUCGACCCUUUCCAUUACUAUGUCGAAGGUCUUACCGUGAAUGAAUUAGAAAACCUCAGAGUCGUAUGUUCUCAAGAUGAUUUAUUCAAGUUCACACCUCCUUCCGGACAAACCUGUGGAGAAUACACACGUAGUUUCUUCAGUACUGGUGCUACAGGCUAUAUUGAUAACCCAGAUGCCGUCGCACCCGAACAAUGUGGCUAUUGUACGUAUAGUACAGGAGCUGAAUUCUAUGAAUCUCAAUUGGGUUGGAGUGCAGCAAAUAAAUGGCGUAACUUUGGUAUUCUUAUUGCGUUCUUUAUUUUCAAUAUCGUUCUUUUCCUCGGACUUGUCUUCUGGAAGAGAAAGGGAAGACGUUAAAGAAAAACAAUUAUCUAGACAUUUCUUUAUAUUUAUUGUAGCAUUUUUUUUUCUUAUCUCCCUUUAUCAUAUAACAUUUAUAGAAUACAUUAAUACACCUUUUCAUUUACAUACUUUUAAUAAAUCAUUCGUAUUUUUUAAUUUCCUAAA